CUAACUCUACAAUAUCAUCCAUUACUCGAGUACGCUUCAGCACGCCAAUUCAAGAUGGUUCACGCUGACGCUGUGAACUUCGCAGGGGGCAUGAGGAAGACGGAAGCCUGGAAACAAGUCAUUGAAUCGACAGAAGCGCUUCUAGAGGGCCAAAGGAACUGGGCCGAAAGCAACCUUGCGAACACGGCAUCACUUCUCUGGCAUGCUUUGAAGUCAAUGCCCGAACCCUCCAAUCAUAUCAAUUGGGCAGGUUUCUACGUUCUCGAUCCAACAAUUUCGAAACAGUUGAUACUGGGACCCUUUAUGGGAAAGGUUGCGUGCCAGACAAUCGAAUUUGGUCGGGGAGUUUGCGGGGAGGCUGCAGAUAGCGGUGAAACGCUACUGGUUCAGGAUGUUCACAGCUUUCCAGGCCACGUUGCUUGUGACGGGGAAACCAAGAGUGAGAUUGUGGUACCCAUCAAGGUUGGGUGUCCAGGUUGUGGCGCGUUAGCGAAGGCACUCAGUCAUGCUUGUGAUUGGUAGACACUGAUACGAGAUCCCACCAAAAGUUGGACAUUCCCGAAAUGGAUAAGAGAGCAUUUCUGAAAGUUCUGGACAGAAAACUUUCUUUACUGUGUUGUUUUCUUUUUCUUUUUCUUGUUUUUUACUUCUUUCGUAAGGUCGGGUGUUAUUGGAGGGAGGAAAGGGGUGAAAAGAAAGGAAAGGGGAGGAGAGGAGCAUGCAGGUGUUUCUUUCUGGAAGGGAGCGGCAGGGUUUCUCAAAAGGGAAUGGUGUUUUGAAUAUUCCACGGGUCCAAGUAUCGGAAGGAGAAAUUGAAGCGGCGAUUUCACCCGUCAUGGCCAUAAGGCUACCCACUUCUGAAGAUUGGCUCCGCCAAAGCUUAGAACAUUUUGGCCCGUCGUUAAAUCACACUUUUUUCUAUAA